AUGAAUUCACAUAUAUUCGCAAAUGUCUCACCAGAGAAAGAUUACAAGUUGCUGACGGUAGUAACACUCACAACAAUUGCAUCCGGAUUGAUUCCAGCUAUUACUUCCAUUUUGACCGGUAGAGUGUUUGACAUUCUCAGUAAUAUCUCAUUGAAUGACAGGCAAUUUUCUCAUCAAUUGGUAUUACGGUCCAUGAGCGUUAUGAUUUUAGGAGCAGCCAGCUUCCCUGUAAUGUGGAUAUUUAUAACAUCUUGGAUGCAUUUGGGUGAAGUACAAGGGGAUAGGAUAAGAAUUAACAUGUUGGGCUCAUACUUGUCCAAAUCAUGGACUUGGUAUGACGGCAACGGCAAACGGUUAUUGGGUGAGUUUACACAGUUGAGUAGAUGUAUCGAAGAGGUUCGACAGAGCUCGUCCGAAUCUGCGGCAAUAACUUUGCAAAGUUUUGUCAGUGUGUUAUCUUUAAUUGGGACAUCUUUCUACUAUUCGUGGUCUCUUACCCUUAUUAUUCUCUGCAGUACACCAAUAAUCACGGCCAUAGCCAUCUAUUUUGCUAAGUUAACUAACAAAUAUACCGAUUUGGAAAAUAAGGAAACAUCUUAUGCCGCUGAACUACUUACCUGGUCAAUGCGGUUUAACGAUAUGGUCAAAUUUUAUACAGCCCAAAAUGAAGAAAUUUCAAAAUUUGAUACAUCAGUAACAAGAUGCAAUUCUUUGUUCAUCAAAGCAUGUCUAUAUUCUGCUCUUAAUUCAAGCAUUAUUAGGUUCCUAACGCUCUGUAUGUUUGUGCAAGGGUUCUGGUUUGGAGCCACCAUGAUAAGAAGAAAUAAACUGGAUAUAAACGAUGUUAUCACGUGUUUCCAUUCUUGCUUGAUGCUGGGUGCUACCGUAAGCGAGGCAAUGAGCCAAGUGACAGUCAUACAAAAAGGUCAUGUUGCUAAUAAAAAACUCGAAGGAUUUUUGGAGCUUGAAGGUAAAACAAUUAUGCAAGCCGCAUUGAAGUGCCCACCAAAGGGAAACUCCUUAUCAAUAACAUUUAACAAUAUUUCCUUCAAGUACCCAUGUCGCACAAGUAAUUCAGCCGUCGAAAAUGUUUCUUUAAGACUUGAGUCGGGGAAAAUGACCUUCAUUAUUGGUAAAUCAGGCUCUGGAAAGUCAACCUUGGCCAAAUUACUUCUGAGAUUUUAUGAAGAAUACUCUGGGUCAAUAACGGUAGAUAAUAUAUCCAUUUGUGACCUAAAUCAAGAAUGGUUACUAUCGAACAUCACUGUUGUUGAGCAGAACUGCACUUUGUUCAAUGAUACUCUUCGAAAUAAUAUACUUUUGGGUUCUGAAAAUCAGAGUGAGCCGGCAAGAAUGGAAUCAAUCGAGGAACGAGAGAGAAAACUGAGGAAAGCAUGCAACUUUGCACUUCUUAAUGAAAUGUUGGCAGAUCUUACAGACGGCUUGGACACUGUGAUUGGUUCCGGUGGUGUAGAACUGAGCGGAGGUCAACGACAAAGGGUUGCCCUGGCAAGGGCGUUCUUAAGAAACACCCCCAUUAUGAUAUUUGAUGAAUCAGUUUCUGCUUUGGAUGUUGCUCAUCGCAAGCUUUUAAUGAAAGCCAUUCGAUCGUGGCGUCAAGGGAAAACGACCAUUGUUUUAACACAUGAACUGAGCCAAAUAAAUCCCACAGAUUUUAUUUAUAUUAUGGAACAUGGUAGAGUUUGUGAAUAUGGCUAUCAAGAGGAUCUGUUGAAGAGCGAAACGAGCUAUUUUUCAAGGUUUUACCAACAUCAAGCACCAGAGGGGGCUGUUCACGAAUCUUUGCCCAGAUAUGAUACUUUUAGGAAUAGUAUUGUUUCAGACACGAAAACUCCGGUAACUGAUAUUAUUGACAAAGAAGGCAAGACAUGGGUUGAUCAAAACUCAGAGAUCGAAACGCUCAAGGGCUCAUAUUAUAUAUCUGAGAAACUUUCUGGUUCCAGCAAUACUUCUUCACAAUCCGAAAGCGACCUUGAAGAAACCAACGAUGGACGCAAAUCGUUCAAUAAGGAAGACCUUGAAAAGGGGGUAGAUGAACCUAUCAUGAAUUUAAAAAGUAUUGUAAAGUGCAUGGUUAAGGAAGCGCAAUAUAAGGGAGUACUUUGUGUGGGAAUUGUGUUUGCUUUAUGUGCCGGCGCUGCCAAUCCCGUUUUUUCGUAUUCGUUCAGUUAUUUGUUGAAUGGUAUCAUUCCUGUUCAUGGUACGGUGGGUUCGUCAUUUUACCUGUUAAAAUGGUCCCUUAUUGUUCUCAGUGUUGCAAUAAUAGAUGCUUUCUGUACGUUUUCCAAAACGUUUAUUAUGGGGUACUGUAGUGAAUAUUGGAUUAUGGACCUUAGAAAAAAAGUGAUGAGAACUAUCACGUACAACAAAUUCGAAUGGUUCCAACUAGCUGAAAAUAAACCAUCUGAGGUUUCUGCAUUGGCGCUUAAUGAUCUGCGAGACCUGAGAACUCUGGUUACAGAAUUUUUGGCCACUGCAUCCACCUUUUUAGUCGUUUCUACAUGUGGGUUGAUAUGGGCCCUUGUAGCCGGAUGGAAACUAAGUUUGGUGUCAAUAUCAAUGUUCCCGCUGAUUAUUGUGUUCUCUGGUGUCUAUGGUGCAGCAUUGCAAAAAUGUGAGACGGACUACAAAAGUGCCGUUGCACAACUCGAAAACUGUUUAUAUGAGGUUGUGGUAUCCAUGAAGACCAUCAGGUGCUUACAGUUACAGACCCAUUUCCAAAAUAGGUACGAUAGGAGAAAACAGAGAAUGCUUUCACUUGGACGUAGAAGAUCUGUAAUCACAGGAUGCGGCAUCGCCAUAACACACACACUUACUUUGUGUAUACAGGCGAUUCUAUACUAUUACGGUAUCAAACUGGUCAUCGAUGGUAAGUACACUUCAAAAAAGAUGUUUGAAGUGUUCACGUUGAUUUUGUUCACCAUUAUGACUUGCACCAAUCUGAUCAAUCAAAUCCCAGAAGUAACGAGAGGCCAACGAGCCGCCACGUACAUUUAUAGAAUACUCAAAGAGGCCGCUGCUACUAGGGAGCAUCAGGAUAUGCACAAUCGAACACUUCCGAUUUCAAACACCAGUGAAAAGGAUACUAUGGUCCUAGUAAAAGAUUUAACUUUUGCGUACCCUGCGACACCAUCCAAACAUGUUUAUGAACACCUGAAUUUAAAUUUAAAGUCUGAUACCAGUGUAGCCCUUGUCGGUGAGUCAGGUUCUGGGAAGUCCACUAUCAUAUCUCUAUUGACAAAACUUUAUGACGUACCAGAGAAGCAUAUAUAUGUUGACGGUACCGAUUUGUCCGAAUGGGAUACCAACAGUUUAAGGAAUCAGAUAUCCGUGGUAGAGCAGAGUGCCAAUUUAUUGAACGGGACAAUUCGGGAAAAUCUGACAUACGGUCUUCCAGAAGAGGACACCACCGAGGUAGACCUUAUUGGAAUAUUGAAGCUUGUCAGCAUUUACGAUUUUGUCAGUAGGCUGCCCAAUGGAAUUGACACGAUAGUUGAUCGUGAUUUGCUUUCUGGUGGACAAGCACAACGAUUGUGCAUUGCGCGGGCACUGGUGAAACCGCACCGGAUUUUGAUACUUGAUGAAUGCACGUCAGCACUAGACGCACUUAGCACGAAUAUCAUCAUUGAUAUUGUCCGCAAGGGUAUUCCAAAUACGCUGAUUAUAGCAAUUACCCACGACGAACACAUGAUGCGGUCCUGCGAAAGUGUGCUUUUGUUGAAGAACGGGGCCAUUGUCGAACAAGGAAGUUUUGUGGAAUUGAUGCAACAAGAUAGCGAAUUUAAGAAAUGUUUAAACGGUAGGUAA